UGAGUGAAAAACGUGUAGUUUGAUAGUUUUCCCGCCUUUUCCUCAUCCGAUACACCUUCGAGGAAGCUAGUCCAUCUGUAAAACCAUCUUUCAAUCCAUCUAUGAAAGUAAAACUUAUGUAACUAUGAGUAAUUAUCAUUACUCAUUUAAACGUAAUGUAUUGUAUUAAUAAUUACAUUUAUAUAAUUUUACAUAUCUGUGUGGUGAAAUGUGGAAGAAUAGAUUUAUUUGAUUUGGUAGUGUUAUAAUGUGAAUUGCAAUUUAUGCAGUAAUGCAAGUCAGAAAUUUAACACUUUUAGCAGAAUUCUCAGACUAUGGUGAAUGGUAUGUGAUGGAGGAGUCAUCAUAUAACGAAGACAACAUCAUUGGUUCGCCGAUCCAGGAGUUUUUCCGAGGGAAAACAGUUUUUCUCACCGGCGGCACUGGUUUUAUGGGAAAAAUUCUGAUUGAGAAAAUUCUGAGAUGUUGUCCACACGUCAGUAGAAUAUACAUGCUGGUCCGACAGAAGAAGAACAAGGACUUUCAACAAAGAAUGCAUGAAUAUGUGGAGGAUGAGAUUUUCCACAAACUGAACGCGAAAGCACGUCUGAAAGUGACCGGAAUACCGGGAGAUGUCGCCCAGCCACGUUUGGGAAUCUCCAACGAACACCGCAAACUUCUAGAAGAUUCGGUGAACAUCGUGUUCCACGCAGCGGCAACGGUGCGAUUCGACGAGCAGCUGCCGACCGCCGUUGCCAUCAAUGUGGCCGGGACUAAGGAGCUGUUCGAUCUGGCCAGAAACAUGAGGCACCUCAAGGCGCUUGUACAUGUAUCAACUGCGUUUUCGAAUUGUCAAUUGGAUGAGAUUAGAGAAGAAAUCUACGAGCCACCAACAACUCACCAGAAACUCAUUCAGUUGACGCAAAGUAUCGAGGGAAAAUUCCUGAAUGAAAUCACACCAAUAAUCCUGGACAAGAGGCCAAACACUUACGUCUACACAAAAGCAGUGGCUGAGGAAGUUGUCAGAACACUGAGCAAAGGACUACCAGUGAGCAUUUUCAGACCUGCCAUUGGUAAGAAAUCUUCAAUCUUACAAUUGUAUUGGAAUCUUCCAAUAGAAAUAGAUUUCUUAGAAUCGUAUAUGAAGUCGCAUCUUUCUUUAAUAAGAAAAGCAUAUCCACACAACAUAACUGGAAACACAACUCAACACUAUUUAGUUGUAUGUCUACAGCUUAUAAUUUUCUUCCACAGAACCAUAGAAGACUCGAACCAAAACGAGAACGAACCAGCGGAAGAAGUAGUUCACGAGGAGCCAACCGUCUACAACUAUGUGAGCUCGACGCAGCGACCAAUCACCUGGAAGCAAUUCUCCGAGCUGGCAGUCACACACGGCGAGGAGUGUCCCCCCACCCAGUCCUUAUGGUGCUUCUGCCUCACUCUCAACAAAUACUUCCUCAUUCACUAUCUCUACGUUCUCUUCUUGCACUUCCUGCCAGCCAUUGUCAUGGACGGCAUUGCCAUGGUCUUUGGCAAGAAAGCUGGAAUGAUGGGAAUCUACAAAAAAGUCAACAAGUUCUCAGAGGUGUUGUCCUACUUCACCACGAGAGAUUUCGCAUUUCACAACGACAACGUUCAGAGUUUGUGGCGGAUUCUCUCUCCGCAGGACAAGGAAAUGUUCCCAUUCGAUUUAUCCAGCCUGGAUUGGGACGAGUACUUCCACUACUAUGUCAGGGGCGUCAGAAAGUACCUGAUGAAGGAAGACCCUGCCACGAUACCUCAGGCAAUGAACAAGUACAAAAAAUUCAAAUUUCUGCACCGAGCGCUGAAGCUGGUCAUCGCCUUUCUCUUGUUGAGAUUGCUGUGGACCAAUCUUGUACCAAUAUUUCUACGUGUUUCUGUGCAUUGAGGCAACUGAGAAUUGCAAAUGAUUGCUACUGAAUUAAGGAAAAACAUAGAAACUG